CCUUUUAAAAGAAUCACUAUUUUUUCUGGUAAAUGAAACUGAAACUAACAAUUUCAAAUGCGUUCAUGGUCGUUCUCUCCCAGUAACAAUUAGUAUUUUUCCUAGUAAAUGAAACAGAAACUCACAAUUUGAAAUGCGUUCAUAGUUCAUCGUUCUCUCCCAGUGACAAGAUGGCAAGUGAGAUGAAACAAAUCUACAAGAUUUUAGAAAGAAACAAACUAGAAGUAUUCUAUAACCAGUUUGUUCAACUUGGUAUUGAGUGCAUUCAGGAUUUUAUCGAUGGUGUAACUGAUGAAGACUUGGACAACAUGAGAUUUACCAAGGUUCAGAAGAAUAGAUAUAAAAACAUGAUAGAUGAGAUUCAGAGAUUUGGUGCAGGUCCUCUCCAAAAAGGAUUGACAAAAUCUCUGCAGGCAUAUUGCAUGUAUUAUUCAUUUCCAAAAUGUCCAGAACGUAGAGAAAUACUUGAUAUGGACCCAAACCAAAACACAGUGGAAGAUCUUAUUCUGAGGAUCAGCAUUUUGGAGAACAUUAAUAACCAAAUGUCUGUGUGUCUGUUCACUGCUGAAGGAAUGCCUUUGACAGAUGAUCCAUUUUUCAAUACAUGGUCUCUGAAAGACAGACAUAUUGAAAAUGGAAGUGAACUCUAUGCCAUAUUUACACCAAAAGAAAAUUUGAGAGGGUCUCCCAGCAACCCCCAACCAAGCGACAUAAGAAAUGAAGGCCAAGACACUGUUUUCUGUCACGUGAUGUUAAAAGGUAGAUAUGAAAUCCAAGUGGACUUGGAACAUGACACAUUGAUUCAGUUGAGAGGACAGCUUUCAAAGGAAAGUGGAAUACCACCUCACGUGCUUCACUUGAAAGACUAUGAAUGGAAUGUCAGUGAACCAUUAUUUAAUCUUGGGAUUAAUGAAGACACCGUUCUGCAUUUCUCUCUGUCUUCAUUUCAUGAUGAUCAAGCAGAAAUGACAGAAUUUUGCCAAAGUGAUAUCACACCAUCUGAGAAACAAACAGAGAAAGGCCUCAGUGUGUUUUUCUCAACCUUCAAAGCCAUUAGACGUAAAAAUAACGGAGAGGGGUUCAAGAAAGUGGUCGCAUACAUUCGAAAAAUCAGUGGAUGCAAUGCCUUAGCCCAGAGCUUGUAUCAGACUAUUUGCCAAAACAUGAGUGGCACACGGGUCCAGAAGAUUGCCAUUGUUGAAGGACUUUACUAUCUCUUCAGGGAGUUGUUACCCAGUCUUACAAAAAGAUCUGAUGACAGGAUCAUUGAGGACAUUGAUGUUUUUGAGUAUGCCCCAGUUUGCUGGGCCUACCUCCUGUCUCAAGCAAAGGAUGAAAGCGAUGUGCAUGAAAACUACGCUUCAAUUUCCAUGAAGGCACAGUCAACAAAUCAGCGUUUUUCUGAGCCUGUGUGUGUUCCUGGUGUGCCUGAAGUUUUUGAAAGGACGUAUGUGAUGGAUAUAAUUAGAGAGGGUGGAAAAAUCCCCAACUGCACUGAGUUGAACCUUAAAGAGACAUCAAUUAAAAAAGCUACUAAUGUUGAAAAGAUUUUGCUCAGUCUCCCUCCAUUCAUGGAUUACUUUUUCCAUUGGAUUGGCUAUCAGGGUACUACACCUAAUUCCAGUUUUAACAUAAUUUCAGAGAAGACAUUUUCCCAAAUGAAAGCAGAAGUGGAAAAUUAUUCUCAUUUGGUUAUAACGCCACCACUCCAACUAAAGGCUAUUGGAACUGAAGGACCUCGUCUAGUCUUUCUCAGUCAUGAAAAACUUGGCAUGUACAUGGAUAAAGACAAAAUGACUCCUCAAAACAUUAUCGUUUUUGACCCUCUCGCUGGAAAAAGCGUCACAGUGAAUAUAGAUGAACUGGCUAAUACGCUGAGAGAUGUCAGAGAGGAUCUAACUUUCAAAGUCACUAAGACUCCAAAAGAGGCCAUUGUGGUGCUCUUUGAUUCAAGUUCCUCCAUGGGUGAGGAAUGUUUUGACCAAGAUUGCAAAAUGAAGCGAAUUGAUGCCAUCAAACAAAUAUUUGACAGCUUUUCAAACCGAUGCAUGGCUUAUAAUUUUGACCAAGUUAUCUGCCUUGUAGAAUUUAACUCUUCGGUUAAAACGCUUCACACAUUCACAGAAACGGUGGAAACCUUUAAGGAGUAUGUUCAUAGACUUGAGCCACAAGGACGUACCUUGUUGUAUGAUGCAUUAAAUCAUGGAUGCCAAGAACUUCUUCAAAUCCGAGAAAGAUUUCCAGACUGCAAUUGUCGCAUUAUUUGCUUGACAGAUGGAAAUGAUUGUGGAUCAAAAUCGGCUCCAGCUGUCACUGCAGUCAAGUUGAUGGAUUCCAAAAUUGUUGUUGAUGCCGUGCUUAUUGGUAAAGUAGACAAUACUGUGUUGCAUGGGAUCAGCAAUGUUACAGGCGGUUGCUGUUUUAAGCCUGAAACAAGCAAAGAAGCCUUACAACUCUUUGAGAUGGAAACAGUCUUGUCAAUGGAACUAAGGAAGGAAAAGAAAAAAUAUGACAUACCAUCAAUUAAUCAUGUGAGUGACCUAAACAUUUUUAAUACCUGUGGCUACGAUGUCAAACCAGAGGUGAAACUACCUCCACAGAUACACAACAAAGUGACAAUGACAGAGAAUGCUUUGAAAAAGAGAAUCAUGGAAUCCAAGACCGGACGCUUUUUGGAGAAGGACAAAAGAAUUUUGGAAGAGCUAAAGAAUCUUCACUGUGACCCUCACCCUUUCUGCACGGUGCUGCCCUCAGAGUCUGAUUUUACCUUUUGGAAGAUUCUUAUGAAAGGUCCGCCUGAAACCCCUUAUGAAAAUGGAGUCUUUGAGCUGUAUUGUGAAUUUGGUCCUGAGUAUCCUGUGAAACCACCUCUUAUGAGAUUCUUCACCUCUGUGUACCAUUGCAAUGUGAACAGUGAGGGAAGAAUAUGUCACAACAUAUUUGAUCGAAAUUACUCAUCCCAAAUCACCAUGAGAGAGAUUCUGGAUGCUGUGUUUGGGCUCAUGAUUGCACCUGAACCGAGUGAUCCUUUGGACAGCAUUUUGGCAGAAGAAUUCCAGUCGAGCAAGGACAAAUAUGAGGAAGAAGCUAAGAAAAACACAGAAAAGUUUGCAAAUUCCUCUCUGGAUGAGUUGGAAAAGAAAUAUAUAGGUCCGGAAUUAUCUAAGACUUUCAUUCCACCUAAUCUCACUUGUCCUCUGACGAAAAAGUUGCUUGUUGAUCCAGUGAAAACCAAAGCUGGAGUGGUGUAUGAACGCCGUGCUAUAGAGGCUUAUCUUAAGAAGCAUGGAAGAGAAGAUCCACUGACAAAAACUUUGCUACGAAGAACAGACUUAAAGACAGACAAGAACAUAAAAAAGGCUGUUAGGGAAUAUCGCAUGUCACAGAUUCAGGAAACACAGGUUUAAGAUGUUUCCACAUUACCAAAUUAUGAUGAAUUUGCAAAUUAUGCAA